GAAUUCAGCUUAGCUGACUGCAUGUACACCAAGACACUGGUGCGAGGUUCAGGCUAAUUUUCGGUGUUCCUCCGGAAGAAUGAAUCGGGAGUGUCUUGGAUUAGUUUUGACAAACUUCAGUUACACUUUGUAUCUGGGCUGAUUUGUUGUGAAUGGACUGACCCAAAGUCAGUAGCAAGCAGGCACAAAGCUUUAUGGAUGUUUUGUCUCAAAGCAAGAUGCCCAGACCAGAGGGCAGUAUUGGUACUGUGAUCUCAAGGGAACUCUUGAAAUCCACCAGCCUGUCAGGAUAUUCCCAUGAAAAAUCUGUGCCGUACAGUGAAGACUUCAUCUCUUUUUCCAUGAGCAGACAAGAGGGGAUGGACCUUUCUGGUCCCUGGAGUCAGUCAGGGAGCUGUCUGAGAAAUGGUAGGAGCCCUGUAAUUCCCUCGUUGGUCACAGAGGGGUCAAUUACGAAUCCAAUCAUUUACAGGCCUGAAAAUGUGGUUUUCCCUGUGGAUGAUGGCUCUCCCUUAACAGCACAUGAGCAAACAGCAAAGCAGAGGUUUGCCUAUUAUGACAGCAGUCCUGGCAAGCACAGUGCCAUUGCGUCUGGAAUUGUCAUGCCUGUCGCUAUUAGGAAGCAUCCUGUCGGUCCUGUUAGCAUAUCUCCCCCAAUGCCAAACCCUGUUGGUUUGGCAGUUCCAAAACCAGUGUAUGGCCAUAGCCCCUGCUGCUCUGAACUUGGUUGCAUGACAGGACCAAGAUAUGUAGUUGAUCGAGGAUCACAGAAGAUACCGUCUCAUGUCUAUGAGGAUGAAUGGAUGGCACAAUACGGACAUUUAUCGUAUCUGCACAAAAAGGAACAGGAGGCGUCGAUGCAGAAGAAAGCCUUACAAGUGGAGCACAGUGGUGAAAGAGUACCUUUGAAAGACGUCACCACAGAGGGAUACCAUGGCAUGGGCACAAAUGGACACAAGAGGGUAUCCUCUUUUAUUGAACCAAACCAUCGCAGCCACCCCUGUAGCUCCCCUCGCUCAUUCAUGGCCCCCUCUUCGGAGCACUGUCAACGAUUUCAAAACCCUUCCAAAAUAUAUAAACCUCUACCCACAUCUCAUCCUCCAGUUUAUGAGCCAGUAACCAUAGCACACCAUGGGAUCACUCAAAAGGUUUAUCAUGACCAUCCCCAUGUACCCAAAUAUUCCCAAAUACCACAGCAUUCAAUGUUUUAUUACCCUCACAAUAAUAUGGAUGUGUGUAGAGAUGAACACCCCCCUCAUAUCCCUCAUAGUCCUCAGAGUCCGCCAGAGCAGUGCCAUAUUCCCCAGCCAGUUUUUAGUGACUUGCCAAAUCCUUACCCUGUGACUCCAAGGAGCCAUGCAUUCGUGAGCAACUUCCCUGGGUAUCACGCUCACAGAAUGCACUUGAAUGCUAGCCGAAUGAAAUCCCCUUCUGAUAGACCUUGCCCUCCUCUACCAACUCAGCAUUCAGAUCGACCUUUGGACUUCUCUAUGCCAAGAGCACAUAUGGUAGGAGCUCCAAAGGGGGCUUCUGGGCAGCCGGGGGCUUUCCAGCCUAGGCAGUCUAAAGCCAACUUUGGUAGCCACAGUCAUCCAGCUGUUCAAAGGUACAGCUCUAAUUGUUCAGACUGGAGAGGGUCUGACUCUCCUGUUCGGAAUAAUCAAGAAGGUUUUGGGGGUGCCAAACACACAGAUGAAAUAUCAAAUAAGCAGACUAGCAAGAACACCCCACUAGCUAAUGCUGAGUCAUCAUCUAAAAGAAAAAGUGAGGGAAAUAGUCACGUGUAUGAGCUUAAGACAGUCAGCAAAAUACAAAAGAGGGAAAACGGUGAAGGGACAGAUGUGUGUCAGAUAGCCCCUUCUCCACCAAUGCCAGUAAUUAACAACGUAUUUAGCUUAGCUCCUUACAAAGCAUACCUAGAAGCUGCUGGAAUGUUGCCAACUGCAACAGGAGCCAAAGGUGGUGAGCAGCAAAACCACUCCAACAAGCUUAAACAAGAAUCAGUCAUUCAUAACAGAGGUCACAAACAAAAUUUAGAUGAACAUGAAAAGGGCUUGAAACAACAGAGUAAAGCUGCAGGCGAAGUGCUAGAAACUGUCAUGAUAAAAAAAGAAAAGAUAGACCAACAGGAAAUCUUGUGUCAUGAAAGAGAGGAUAAGAACCACAAUGAGCUAGGUAACUGCAUUAAAAAUGGAAGAAUUAAAGAGGAACCAGAGGAGUCUGAAGAACAUAUUGUGGCUGAUACUAUGUUCCCCCAAAUUGUGAUAAAGGGUGAUUAUGAAGCUGAGAAGAAAUCACUAUCACCAGAAAAAUCAGAACGGUUGACUGAUUGUAAGAUUGAGCCAACAAUUAUGCCUUCAAGGGAAUAUUCUUCAUCACCCAGAGCUGUCAAUAAACUCUCUCCCCUCACAGCCACACAUGCUCCUGAAACCUCAAGCCCACCUCAGCUACCAGAGACCAAAUUUUUCCAUCAAAAAAUCCCUCCUCAUUGCCUUAAACUGUCUGCCUGUAACAUUGUCAUGCCUGAUAAUCUCAGAGCUUCUGCACCUAGAGUUAAACAGGUCCCUCAGUCCCCUGGUGAAAUAAAACCAAGCACUGGCAAGAGCAGUAGGCAGGCCCGACAUCAAUUUAUGGAGCUUCACCAGUCGCUGUGUAGACUAAUUUCCAGGUGCAUUUCCCAGACACCUCAGCAAGAGCUCAGAACAUGGAUGUCCUGUAUGGACCUAGGUGAGCCAGUUUCCCCCUCUGCUAAAGCCCCAAAAAUCUCAUGUCUCCUGGGGUCCAAAGCCAGAGAAAUGUGGCUAAAAGACGAAGAGACUGUAAUGGCACUCCAAAAGGUGUUGAUCCAGCUCGAAACUUAUGUCGGAAGCUGCGAGUGCCCCUUUCCGCAUGUCAUCCGGGCUGGAGCGGUGUUCAUCCCAAUGCUGGUGGUGAAGGAGGUCCUGUUUCCACAGGUCCAGGGCUCAUUCAUUGAUCAGGUUCUACAAGAACAUCGUGUAGAACUGCGGCCAACCACUCUCUCAGAGGAAAGGCAUCUGAUGCAGCUCCAAAGACGAGCUUGCUCUUCUAAGCUCAGGAAGCUUCUGUCCCUCAAACACUUGCCAGAUAUCUAUCCUGAUGUCCUCAACCUUCACUACCAUGACUGUGUCUCCAAAUUACUGGGUUUAGAGCUGGACCUGACAGUAAAGAGAGAACAUUUGGACGACACACACAAUGCUGUCAACAUGCCAGGCACAUCCUCUAGCUCCUCCAUACCAGAUGCGAGAUCAUGGCGAAAAGACCUGAAGACCAGCUCUUGCCUGAGGAGGCACAAAAGGAAAAGUCAUAAAAAGGAGCGUAUGAAGAGGAUGUUUCUAGAAAAGGACGAUUUGCCAGCAGAGGAGGAGCUGACUGAAGAAUCAGAGAACUGGAGCAUAGUCAACUCCCAUGGUGAAGAGGAAUGGGAAGAUGCGAAUGGCAAAAACAGCAAGGUCAAGACACGGGAGGAAAGUUGGGAGAUCCAGGAGGAGCCAGAGGACUCUUGGGGGUGUCCCCUGACCUCUGAUGACCUUUCCUCAGGAAACAGUGACACAGAGACGGAGAGCAGCUCAUCUACGUCCUAUCAGAGCCGCCUCUGGGGUUCUUCAAACGAAACCCAGAGCCAGCUCACGGGUCACUCAGGCAUGAUUCUCAAGCUGAGGAAGGUCUUUCACAGUAAGGGCCAAAAAGGGAGGGGGACACACCACUACCAAGCUGUUACAGACGUCUCUGAUGAUCAGAGAGGAAGCACCAGAGACAAGAACACAGACCAGAGACAAGACGGUAAAAAGAGGCAUAACGUUUCCAGGCAUGGGGGGAGACUCAGAGCGCGGGUCUUCUCUCCAGCUCUGCACUCGUCUAACCUGCGUAGAUCCUUUGCACAGAUAAAGUACUGCUCCUACCUCUCCACCUGCCACAGUACUGACCACAGGAGGAGGUGGGUGCUGCGUUCAGCAGUGCAGACAGCGAGACGCACCAUGAAGAACCGUUACCCUGACUUGGUGGGUAAGAGGAUCCGCCACCUAUAUGAGGAGAAAGACAAAACCGAGGUGUGGUAUAAGGGGGUGGUGCUGCGGAUACACGAGCCCCAUCCAAACCCACUCAAGACCGUGUUUGAGGUUAAGUAUGACAGUGAGCCCGAAUGGCAGUACUACCUGGAGCUGCUGGUAGACUAUAAAAAGGGAUGGCUUAAAGUCGAGGACUGAGUGCUUUUGGGGGGAUGUGUGUGAGUAUUUUUAGUGGUCAUUGGUCUUUUGAUGUUUAGUGUUGCUUUCUAAUGGUUCAAACUUAACACCACAUCCAUUGUUGUGAACCUGAAUAUUUUAGUAUCAACCAAGAGUGCUGAUAUUAGCUGAUUUAGUUAAAUGAAAAAUUAAAAUGCCGUUUAUUCACAUCCAGUUCCAGUAAUCUGGGUGGUCAAAGGCCAUACUUUCAAAGCAUUUUUUUUCAUUGUUUACAAAGAGUGUUUUCAGAACCAUUGCUGUCCUAUGAUUUAUGCUUGAGCCUGUUUUUUUUUCUUUUCACUUCAUCUUAUCGUUUGCUGUGGUUUAUGCUGUUUUUAGGGGGUUGCUGUUGUUUCCCAGCAGUCAUGAAACAAACACUUUUGUUGUAAGAGUUUCUGCUCAUUAAUAUGUCACAACCUGAAGCAGUCAUGUAUAUCCCUCAUGUGGGAAGGAAAAAAAAACAUUCUAAUGCACUGCAUGCCAAGAGAAUGUAUGACAUCAGCCUGUAAGAAGUGAAUUCUCCAGAUAAAACUUUUCCAAAACAACAUGACAAAUUCUUGCCAAUGGUUGUGAAUGACUUACCUCAGCUUAACUGUUGAAGAACUUUAAGGUAAAUGUCAUGGUCUUGUGAAACGUGUUUACAGUGCACCCGGUGCAUAUCUUCAUGGAAUCUGAUUUGGACUCAAGGACAUUUGAUCUUUGAACUUGUUUUGCUUCAGUUCUCUAUCAAACCAUGACAACCUUCAGCGGCAAUUGUGUGAUGUGUAUUUGUUCUGAUGUGUCUUCUAAAUAAAUAUUUGU